AUCCCGUUCGGAUUACUUAUCGAUUUUUGAAAUCUCUUUUUCUUUGACGGAAUUAUUAGAACCGUUGCAACGUAAACCCACACACAACUCUAAAGUCCAAACACAUCAGAACCCCAACGGCUACUUCUCUUUCCAUCACAACACUUCCACCUUCUUCUUCCACCCUUCUCUCUCACUCAAAUUCUCCGAAAUUUUCACUCCAAUUCAACCAAAUCAAAUCAAAUCCAUCUGCGCCGUUUCAAUUUUCUACACUGUAACUUCAACAUUCUUCAACCAACAACAAAAUGCAAGAACACAAAAACAACAACCCUAAUCUUUCCGAAAACCCUAAUCCCCCUCCACCGCCACCACCGCCACAUAACCGUCGACCAAGAGUCCGUGAAGUCAGCUCCAGAUUCAUGACACCGAAAGUUUCGUCCGUUAACAGACGCCGUGACGAUUCCUCCGACGACGAGAAUUCAGAAUCAUCAUUCCCAAUUACAUCCUCUUUCAUUCCUCACAAAAAACAACAAAAUCAAAGAGCCAUAAAGCUUUUCAAAGAAACAACAAACGAAGUUUUUGAAUCAAACCCUCAUCCUUCAAAAUCAUGUUCUUCUACGCCUCGUGCUUCUAGACCUGAUACUCCGAUUCCCACAGGUUCCGUUUCUUCAAGAUACAGAUUCACACCACAUCACCAAAAUCACCAAUUUAACCACCAUAGGUCUAUUGACGCACCUCCUUCAGCAGCUAAAAAAUUGUUGCAAUUUAGCGGUGCGCCGAAAACAAACGAUGAUUCUGGUAUUAGUUGCAGUACACAGUCACUUCCUGAACUGUGUUGUGAGAAUGAUAGGGAAACUAAUGUGUCUAUUGGAUCUGUGGCUGAAAAAAUUGGGAACAAUUUGUUGUCGCGUUCUGUUAGUUUGUCUUCUUCUGUUGCGAAACAGUGUGGAAGUGGAAGUGGGAAUCUUCAUUUGCCGCCCGUUGCUCCUCAGUUUGCGAAAUCGGGAGUUGGUGCGAGGCGAGGGAAGAAAGUGUCUAGUCAUCAGGAAGAUGUGCAUUCACUUAGAUUGCUUUAUAAUAGAUAUAUGCAAUGGAGGUUUUGUAAUGCAAGAGCGGCGUUUUCAAUGAAAGCUCAACAGAAAGAAUGCGAGAAAGCUCUAUAUUCCGUUGCAACAAAAAUAUCAGAAAUGCGCGAGUCUACGAUCAGGAAACGCAUAGAACUGGAGCUGUUGCGGAGAUCAAAGACCCUAUCAACAGUUCUUGAAGCUCAAAUUCCAUAUUUGGAUGAGUGGUCUGCUAUGGAAGAAGAUUAUUCCGUCUCUAUCACCGAAGCAAUUCAGGCUUUGUUAAAUGCCUCAGCACAACUUCCCACUGUUGGGAAUGUUAGGGUUGAUGUAAGAGAGCUGGGGGAGUCGCUGAAUUCAGCACUAAAGAUGAUGGAAACAAUUGUUUCCAACACCCAAAGAUUAAUGCCAAAGGCAGAAGAAACAGACACUUCUAUUUCAGAACUAGCCAGAGUUGUUGGAGGAGAAAGAGCUCUUAUUGGAGAGUGCGGAGAUUUAUUGUCAAAGACAUACGAUUCACAGGUGGAGGAGUGCAGCUUAAGGGGCCAGCUAAUCCAACUACAUUUAAUUUGCCAUAAGAAUAAGAAGAAUAAGGAAUAACAAGCAAAUGAUGAUAAUUUAAUUGCAAGUCAACUGGGGAAAUACCACAUACAUUUGAUGCUGUUGAUAGAUUGUUGAAGGAGCAUCAACCGUACAAGACCUGCAGAUUCAUUUCUCUUUCACAUUCUUUAUCCAUUGUUGAGAAAGAGGGGAGAGGAUCAUGAUUGUCCAUAUUAUUUGCUAUCUCAGGAAGUUCCGUGUAUUCAUAUAUCAUUGUAGGGCUGAGCCCAUUCUGCAUGGUCUCUCUCCUUGUUUCACUCACUUACUUGGAUGUCAAUAAACAAAAGUAAUAGGACACUUUGUCCUUAUGAAUGGAAUGUUUUGCAAAUAGGACAAAUUUGUAGUUUAUUCAUGUGCAAUAAAAUGAAAAUUUGAAAAUUUCAA